CAGAGGCGUCCAUUCACGUUACACCCGUGCGGGAACGCGCAGACUCCAUCUCAUUUUGGAGCGCGACACUUGUAGUGACGGCGGCUAUAUAAGUGCAUUCGGCGUCUACUCUUUAAGUAACUAUAGACUUGUUUCUUCAAGGAAGUGAAGGAGGGAGGCAUCUCGCCAACUACCUGGCAACCUGCGAGGCUGUACUGGACCUCCUCUAAAGACUGAAGAUUCCUGUUGAUAUCCUGACAUGAAGCUCAAUUUACUUGGAACCACCGUGAUUCUGCUAGUUGCCUUCUUACCGCUCUACGCAUGUCGGGCUAUUGAGAACCCUGGCGGUGCCCUGCGCGUCCCAGCGCCCCAAACCCCAAACUCCCAGCAGCAGCAGCAGCAGCAGCAGCAGUCUGGCCCCAUCCUGGAGCGCCUCGGGGAGGAGUAUUUCAUCCGCCUGGGCAACGGGGACACUAACUCUUUCCCAUCAUCAUCAUCAUCAUCAUCAUCAUCAUCAUCCAUGUAUACCGGCGGAGCGCCUGCCAUCUACAACAGAGCAUUGCAACUCCAGCUGACGCGGCGUCUUUUACAAGGGAAAGUUGGAAACAUCAGGGCGCUCUUAAGCGGCUUCGGAGACCGCGGGGACGAGUCGAUGGAGAGGGGAAGGAGGUCCGAGGACCCGCCGAUAUCCCUGGAUCUGACCUUCCACCUGCUGCGGGAGAUGAUGGAGAUGUCCAAGGCGGAACAGCUGGCUCAGCAGGCGCAAAAUAACAGAAGAAUGAUGGAGCUCUUCGGAAAGUGAAGACCUCUUUCCAUCCGCCAAAGAUCUCCGUUUACUUCAUUUUCUUUCUGUUGCAUUUUGACCAUCAGCACUACUCAUGCUCUGUACAAUUUAGUGCUGCGUUAUCACUUUAUGAUUUAAAGCUUUAACCUCCAACUAUGGCGCGUAUACGAGCUUGACUUAGAAUGAUCCGAUUGUAUUUUAAUGUUGGUGUCAAAUAUGUAGACUCACACGUUCUUCAUACUUGAGAUGAAAUACUUUUGGUUGAGACAUGAAAUACCGCAUUGAAAAAAUGGUUUGUUUUAAAUUAUGAAUCCUUGUAAUUAUGAUAUUUAUGUUUGUUAAUAAACUUAUGUGCAACCAGUCA